AUGGCCAAGUCGGAGGAAGCUAUGGAGGCCAAGAGGUUGGAAUACGAUGUCCGAGGAAACUACCUCAUCUCUUCGGUGGCUGCGAUCGAAGCUUUUCUCGAAUCGUACGAUGCCGAUUUGCAUGCGGGUCAGGUACAGGUCAGGUUGGAUAAAUUGGAGUGCUUCUACAAUCAGUACGUUGAGGUGAUCAUUCAGCUCCAGCUACUACCGUCCCCGGAUCCAGCAGUCGAGUACGAGACGCAGCUGUUCAGGUUUGAAUCCCAGUACUACGAUCUGAAGGCGCAGUUGGCUAGUUUGUUGGAACGGAAGCCGCUUAAUGUUCCGUCUACGUCUCGGAGAAAUACUCCCCUCACCAACCACAUCAAGUACCCCGAAUUGAAGCUUCCAGAAUUUUCAGGAAAUCCUCUCGGAUGGCGCUCAUUUCAUGAUUUGUACAACGCUGCUGUUCAUUCGUCUGGCGAAUUGAGUUCUUCGGAGAAAUUUCAGUACCUGAAGAGUAUUCUACGAGGUGAAGCAGCGGGUCUAAUUGCGGAAAUUCCCAUCAGUGACGAGAAUUACGCUGAAGCCUGGAAGCGUUUAGUCAACCGAUACGACAACAAGCGGAUACUGGUGAAAUGUCAUCUCGCGGAGCUCUUCGACACUCCUCCGAUGAAGCAAGAAUCGGCAGAGGGACUGCUGAACCUUGUCGACAGCUUCGAUCGGAACAUCGCCAUCCUCAAAAAGCUUGGGGAACCAACUGGCACCUGGAGUACAAUCCUCGUCUAUCAGCUCAGCCUCCGCUUAGACCAAAACACACUCCGUGAAUGGGAAAACCAUAUUGUUCGCAAUGUGAUUGCGAAGGAAGAGCCGCAGAACAACCAGAUGCCAAAGUACUCGGAUAUGGUAACGUUUCUGCAAGGUCAUGCUCGCGUUCUUCAAGCCCUCGCUCCAAAUCUUGGUCGUUCCCGUGAAGUCAAGGCAAGGUCUUUACCGAAGCAUUCAACGUUGCAUGUUGCUCAAUCGUCGUCUGGGGAAACAGCAGCCGGUCGCAAGUGUUUGCAGUGCGGAAGCGAUCAUUUUCUGUACCAGUGCUUCAAGUUUCGAAAACUUUCUCCAAGACAACGAUUCGAUUUUGUGAAACAGCAUCACCUGUGUUUGAAUUGCAUGAAAACCACUUCGCAUGGUUGCAAAGACUGCUCUUCGGAUGGCUGUAGAAAAUGCAAGAAACGUCAUCAUACGCUCAUCCAUCUGCAACCGUUGGAGUCGAAUUGUUCAGCAUCGUCGUCCAACACCAACAGCGGUCAGCAGUCUAUGGCUCCCUCCACCUGUCCACCUGAUUCCGCUUCGACCCAUCCUACACCUGGCCCUAGUGGAUCAAACUCUACCUCAACUCUUGUGUCCGUCCAUCAGUCUGCAUUAGUACCAGUCGCACCCCUGUCCACUUCGUCUCAGCCACAAUCGAACCCACCUGCGGCGCUGGUGGCACACUCGGCGAAGCUUCCCAACGAAACAGUUCUACUGUGCACGGCGCUGGUCAACUUUGAGGACAACUGUGGAGCUCGGGUCGUUGCUAGGGUUCUUUUAGAUAGCUGUUCGCAAUUCAAUCUGAUGACAGAAUCCCUUCAUCAACGUCUAAAUUUACAAGUUUCUCCAGAACACGUCAACCUUGGUGGCGUAGGGCAGCUUGUGACUCCAAUUACGAAGGCAGUUGAAACUACAAUCUCGUCUCGGAUUUCUGCGUUCGAAAAGAAGCUGAAAUUUCUCGUAUUGAAGACUAUUUCUUGUGACCAACCGGUACACACGAUUACGACGGUAGAUUGGGAGAUUCCCAAUUGGAUAACGUUGGCCGAUCCUACAUUCUGUACUCCAGGACCGGUGGAUGCGCUCCUGGGCGCCGGAACUUUCUUUGAGCUCUUGCGUUACGGUAGGAUAACUCUCGGUGAACGCUUACCCCUCCUUCAAAGCACUAUCCUGGGCUGGAUUGUAUCCGGUGAAUGCUCGAAUCGAUCUGCUUCGCCAGUCCAAAGCUGUUUUCUCACCCAAAAUCAAAAACUGGAACAGUUGGUGGCACGCUUUUGGGACUUGGAACAGUGUUCGCCGACUAAUUGCUGGUCUCCAUCAGAGAAGGAAUGUGAGCGUCACUUCGUAGCCAACGUAUUUCGCAACGAAGAGGGUCGAUAUCAAGUUCGUCUACCAGUGAAAGAAGAACUCCUGCUUCGUCUUCAGAACAACAAACACAACGCAGUGCGUCGGUUUCUCGUUCUUGAGCGGAAACUGAACGCGAACCCCGCACUACGUGCUCAAUACGAAGAGUUCAUCAACGAAUAUCUGCGUUUGGGCCAUAUGCGGGAGAUACCACAGGCAGAAUUGGCAGCAGAAAACGACGAUGUUCCGCAGUUCUACCUACCGCAUCACGCCAUUCUUCGCCCUGACAGCACGACCACGAAGCUUCGCAUUGUUUUUGAUGCUUCCUGCAAGAGUGGCUCCGGAUUAUCGUUGAAUGACGUCCUCCUGACUGGUCCAACUAUCCAGGACACGAUCAACGCAAUCGUACUCCGUUUUCGGAUGCCAGCUUUCGUCAUCAUGGGCGAUCUCUGCAAGAUGUAUCGCCAGAUCCUCAAGCAUCCUCUCGACCAACGACUUCUCCGGAUCUACUGGCGAAAGAACAGCGCGGAGCCGAUGAAGGUGUUUCAACUCCUGACCGUUACAUACGGUACCAGUUCUGCUCCAUUCCUCGCUACACGUGUCCUGCAGCAGCUCGCGGAGGAUGAACAGGAUCGAUUUCCUUUGGCGGCGGUGGUUAUCCGCAAGGACAUGUAUAUGGAUGAUCUACUCACGGGAUGCGAUGAUCUGGAGAAGCUGAAGCAACUCUGCUCCCAACUUCUCGGAAUAUUCGAGAGUGCUGGGAUGCAACUCCGCAAAAUAUCCUCGAAUCACCAGGAAAUUCUUAACGAAAUUCCAGAAGAGUGUCGAGAGACAAAAUCGCUCAUUGAGUUUGACUCCGAAGCUCCUGUCAAGGCCCUUGGGCUUCUGUGGGAGCCGGCAACUGAUUCGCUUCUCUACAAGAUGCCGAAGUUCUCCAAGUGUGAGCAAUACACGAAGCGAAUCAUUCUAUCACAGACAUCCAGUUGCUUCGAUCCUCUAGGACUGCUUGGUCCAGCCGUCGUGAAGGCCAAAAUCAUCCUGCAAACGCUAUGGAAGCUGGACUACGACUGGGAUCAUCCGCUGCCUAGGGCAUUCGCAACCGAAUGGGACGAGUACCAGAGUCACUUCAGCCGAUUGCAAACUUUUCGAUUUCCUCGGCAUGUUCAGUCGCUGCGUCGCCCUUCCGUUGUUGAAAUUCACGGGUUCAGCGAUGCAUCGGAACACGCCUACGGAGCGUGCCUGUAUCUACGAACGAUCGCAGCGGAUGGAUACGUCACCAUUCGACUUUUGGCAGCUAAAUCACGAGUCGCUCCACUAAACAACAAAUCCAUAGCACGAUUGGAACUAUGUGCAGCGCUGCUCUUAUCCCGGUUGCUUCUUUCCGUCUGCAGCAGCAUUGGAAUCAAGGAAAGCAUAUUUCUGUGGACCGAUUCCACAAUUGUGCUCCACUGGUUGUCUGGAAGUCCAUCCACCUGGCAAACGUUCGUGGCGAACCGUGUCGCUGAAAUUCAGGAGUUAACAAUCAACUGCACCUGGAACCAUGUGCCCGGCGAAGAAAAUCCCGCUGAUAUCAUCUCACGGGGCAUGGAUGUGAGUCAACUUUUGGACGAUUCACUUUGGUGGAAUGGACCACUGUGGCUCGGUGCUCCUAACCUUCCUUGGCCGCAGCCACCAGAAGAUCUCGGCCGACUGAAGGAAAAGGACCUUGAAGCUAAAAAGGGAAUAGCGCUUCCUAUCACGGAAUCGCAAGUAAGCGAUAUCAUAACUCGGUUUUCGUCAUUUACCGUAUUCCUACGGAUUGGUGCACUCUGCAGGCGUUUUGCUAAUAACUGUCGCAGCCUUGCAGACCGUCGCAAUCAGCCAACCAUUGCUCCUGCGAAAACCUAUCAGUACGGUCCGAUCACUGUACAAGAGCAAAAUCAAGCUCUGCUCGGAGUGCUUCGCGUGAUCCAACAGGAACACUUCCCGUCCGAAAUUGCCGCUCUUCAAGCCGACAGAACUGUCCCGCACUCGUCAAAGCUACGCUACCUCAAUCCGGAGCUCCGUGCUGGUCUUAUUCGAGUUGGUGGCCGGCUCGAACACGCCGGAGUCACUAGUGACGGGAAAAACCCUUACGUACUACCGUACAAGCAUCCGCUAACCUGGUUGAUUGCUGAUUCUUUACACCGGCAGCAGCUACAUUGUGGCCCGCAACUCUUGUUGGCAGUCAUUCGUCAAAAAUUCUGGCCGUUGAGCGGCCGGAACCUCGUUCGAGAUGUAGUACAUUCGUGUGUCACCUGCGUGAAGGCCCGGCCACGCAAUCUUGUACAGCUGAUGGGGUCGCUGCCAGCGGUUCGUGUCACACAGUCCUUCGCCUUUGAAAACGUUGGAGUCGACUUUGCUGGCCCAUUCUAUCUCCAACGACCAAGCCCUCGAUCUGCACCGACGAAAAGUUACGUGGCUGUCUUCGUCUGCAUGGCCACAAAAGCAUCGCAUCUGGAGCUGGUCAGCGAGCUAACGACAGCAGCAUUCAUCGGCAGCCUUCGUCGCUUCAUAGCCAGGAGGGGUCGGCCACAGCACAUUUAUUGCGACAAUGCGACUAAUUUUGUGGGCGCUGGACGGGAACUUCGCGAUCUAUUUCGCUCGCAAGGGCAUCGCCAUGCCGUUUCCAACGAGACCACCUCCCAAUCGAUCCAGUUCCACUACAUCCCGGCCAAAUCACCCAAUUUUGGCGGGCUAUGGGAAGCUUGUGUCAAGUCGAUGAAACAUCAUCUACGAAGAGUCAUUGGAAACGCUUUCUUGCCACGCGAAAUCUUUAGCACCAUCCUAGCGCAAGUCGAAAGCUGCCUCAACUCCAGGCCCAUCACACCGCUUUCCAGUGACCCAAACGAUCUGCAAGCCCUAACACCAGGGCAUUUCUUAAUUGGGCGGCCUCUGGAUGCCUUGCCCGACCCCGAUUACACCAGCCUUCCUGAGAAUCGUCUACGCUUGUGGGAACGAGCUCAACGGCACACGCAGCACUUCUGGCAAAGGUGGCACCGUGAGUACCUAACAACCCUACAACAACGGUACAAGUGGUCAUCCGUAACCCGCAAUCUGGCUGUCGGGUCGAUGGUCAUGAUCCAGGAAGAGUCCCUCCCAGUCCUGAAAUGGUCCCUGGGGCGAGUGGUAGACAUUCAUCCGGGCGCAGAUGGAAUGGUGCGCGUAGCCUCUGUCAGGUUGCCAUCCGGAACCGUGACGAAACGCUCCAUUUCCAAGCUGUGUAUCCUGCCAAUCGAGGUUGAUCCAGCACUACUUCCCGAUCCAAGCGCAGGUCCCUCGGUCGCACCGGAAAACUCCACAGGAUCAACAGGUGAUCCUGGUAACCUCAAGGCCUCUGCAGGUGCAGGAGGCCCAGCUAUAGACGCAGUCUUAAGUGAAGACGAAGAAUAA